UUGGCUCAAGUGAACCUGGGCCCCCAAUUUUCCUUGCCCGAUUUGGAUCGUCGGAUGUGUGAGUCAGGUGCUUUGCGGCUGGGGCCCGUGGCACUGGUGGGUGCCGGGCCCGGGGAUCCGGAGCUCCUGACGCUGCGGGCGGUGCGAAGGCUGGAAGCGGCGGACGUGGUGCUCCACGACAGCCUCAUCCCCGAGGAGGUGCUGAGCUUGGUGCCGAAGACGGCGAAGCUGAUCAGCGUGGGGAAGAGGUGUGGGGAUGUCAAGGACCGAGGCAUCCAGCAGAAGGAGAUCCACGAGCUGAUGCUCGCGAACAGCCGGCGCGGGUGCAGGGUGGUGCGCUUAAAGUGUGGGGAUCCCUUCAUCUUCGGCCGAGGGGGGGAGGAGUUAGAGUUCCUGACGGCGCACCAGGUGCCUUGCGAAGUGGUGCCUGGCAUCACUUCGGCUCUGGGCGCAGCGGCGUCGUGUCAGGUUCCGUUGACUCACAGAGGCUUCAACACCAACCACGUGCACCUUUGCGUGGGGCAGAGCAAAGCAAAAACCUUGCCAGACAUGGACUGGAAGGAGCUGGCCAACAGGGCCAUGCAGCAGACGGCCGUUUUUUACAUGGGCCUGAAGCUCUUGAACCAAAUCUGUGCCACACUCAAGGAGCAUGGCGCGCCUGCAGAUACACCCAUGAUGCUAGUAGAGUCUGCUACUUCUCCGCAGCAGCAGUCGCUGCACGCCACCCUGGGCACCAUGCCCGAAGAGGUGCUGAAGCAGGACUUCGGCGCUGGCGGGCCAGUUCUGAUCAUUCUUGGACCCACCGCCUGCUUCCCAGCGCACUUAGAAAGCUUGGCCUCGCCCAGCAAGAAGCGCCGCACGGAGCCGAGCCCAGCUGUGGCUGGAGCUCAGUUUCUCGGAGGCGAACUUGCAGCCUGAAUGGCCCAAGCUGAGAGUUGAGCGACAGCACCGUGAGAGGGGCGAAAUGGCCUGAGCAUUUUCGCCCCCCACUUUUGGCAUUUGGUGUCAGGGGUGUUGCUCCGAAGGACAACACACACAUGUGCACGCUGUUUCGUUGCAGCCGUUGCAUGGAGUGCACGGCGUGCUUUCGAAUGCAAUGAGUAUCGAAACCCGCUGAUUUGUCAGGUGCAA